GACAAAGAGGCGUUUCAAAAACCUAUUGGAAGACAUUACAACUCGAUGUCCUAGUCUAUGUAGAUUGGAUACUUGCAAGUAGCUCGAGCCAUCCAAUUCGCAAUGCCAGUGUGGGCUAUCAAGUCAAAGCACCACACCUUGCAAAUUGGGGGUGACAUCAUAACACACCUUACUGAGCGCAUGGAGGUGCCAAAACACCGCAGACCCAGACGGUGGGCUUCCGCUUCCUCGCCGCGCUUGCGUCGCUCAGCAUAACGUUAUCCGUACUGAAAUUGAACCAUCAUGUCUCAGUCAUCCGAGAAAAACGCAGCCCGCCGGUCCGACGCCCCUGAUUAUAAGGCCAAGCUCGACGAGGCUGCCUCGCGAGCGAAGAGUCCUCCUUCAAGCGAGGGCCAGAGCACCGGCAUGAUAGACAAGCUGUCUGAAUACGUCCCGGCCGUUGGGAGGAUGCUGGGUGGUCAAGAAAAGCAGCCCGAGACGGAGGUCUCGCCCGCAGGGAAAGAGAUGCCCGGCCCGCCAAACCGGCCCGAACACGACACGCAGAUCGAAGAGUUCAUCAGGGAUCAGCAUCGCAGUAAGAAGGUGGUUGCCAUCGACCAGGCCAAGGAUUCCUAGCGCUGUGGCAUGACCUUGGAACAACUGCUGGGGACGAAACACAAGCCAUCCUAAUAAUGCAGUUGAGUUGGUCGGGGAGAAACUUGGGAAACC